AGAUGCCACGCCCGGUGCUGCUAAUCCACGGCGGAGCUGGUGACAUUCCGGACUCCCGGGUGGCAGGCAAGUUCGCGGGCAUCAAGCAGGCCCUGCGCUCCGCCUGGCGAGACCUAAAUGCCGGCGAAGGCACUGCCCUGGAUGCCGUGGAGGCGGCCGUGCGCAGCAUGGAGCUGGACGAGAACUUCAAUGCCGGCUAUGGCUCCUGCCUGACCACCGAUGGCCAGGUGGAGAUGGAGGCCAGCCUGAUGGAGGGCCGGGAAUUGCGUGCCGGAUGCAUAACCCUGCUGCGGGAUGUCAAGCAUCCGAUAACCGUGGCCCGCCGCCUGAUGGAGAAGCAGCGUCACACCUUUUUGGGCGGUCAGGCUGCCCAGGAUUUGGCCCUGUCCACGGGCAGCGAGCGCCUGCCGCCGGGAGCUCUCAUCACCGAGGGUGCCCGCUAUACGCUGAAGGAAUUCCAGGAGCAGGUGUCGCAGGGCAAGGAUCCUUUCUACGCCCGCACCGAAUUAACUGAGGUUACUCCAAAGACAACCGAUCCCAGUGGCGAAACAGUUGGCGCCGUGGCCAUGGAUUCAGCGGGCCAAAUUGCGGUGGGCACCUCGACGGGCGGGAUAACGGGCAAGUGGCCGGGUCGCAUCGGCGACACUCCGAUCCUGGGCAGCGGCACCUAUGCGGACAACUGCCGCGGCGGCGUCUCGACCACCGGACAUGGCGAGACCAUCAUGCGCUACAAUCUGGCCCAGCGCAUCCUCGCGGCCAUCGAGUACGGCGGCCUGUCCGCCCAGGCGGCCGCCGACAAGGAGUGCCGCGAGAUGACCAAGCGGCUGGGCGGCACCGGCGGCGCCAUCGUCGUCGGCCACUCCGGUGACCUGGGCAUCGCCUUCACCUCGCAGCGCAUGGCCUGGGGUUAUGUCCGGGAUGGAACCAUUUUCUACGGCAUCGAGGGUCGGGUGGUCCACCAGGAGCCCUUCGCGGAAUAACUUAACAUCUAAAGUGGAGCCUGAUAAAUUAUCGAUAUUUUCGAUAUUAUUUUCACAACAUCGAUUCGAUAAUAUCGAUGAAACUGUCAAUAUUUGUAUAGCUCUAAUCUAAAGUUUACAAAUUAUCGAUAUUUUCGAUCUUAUUUUCACAACAUCAAUUCGAUAAUAUCGAUGUUUUGAAGGGAUUUCGAUAUUUUUCA